AUGGCUGAUGACCAGGGAAAGGCCCAUGCGGGCCACUUUGAAGCCGCCGAGGCGCCCAAGUCCCUCAGCUUCAGCACCUGCAUCCAGUACCUUAAGGACCGAGUCCCCACGCUAAAGCCUCCUAUGCGCAAAGCUCCCAACCCAUUCAAGGCCUUGGCGUUGCUCAACAGACAGCAGUGGCUUUUUUUCGCGGUCGCCUUCCUAGGCUGGACCCUCGACGCCCUCGAUUUCUUCACCGUCUCCCUUACGACCUCUGAACUUGCCGAGGAGUUUGAUAAAGAGAUCAGCGACAUCACCUGGGGAAUCACCCUCGUCCUGAUGCUCCGCAGCGUUGGCGCAAUCACCUUCGGUAUUGCCUCUGACCGAUGGGGCCGCAAGUGGCCCUUUAUCAUCAACAAUCUGCUCUUCAUCGCGCUGGAAAUCGGCACCGGUUUCACGCAGACGUACAAGCAGUUUCUGGCAUGCCGUGCCCUCUUCGGCAUUGCCAUGGGCGGACUGUACGGGAAUGUUGCGGCGACAGCGCUGGAAGAUUGUCCCAAGGAAGCGCGCGGUAUCAUCUCCGGUCUGCUGCAGCAGGGCUAUGCGUUUGGGUAUCUUCUCGCCGCGGCCUUUGCGCGGGCCCUUGUUGGUACGACCUCGCACGGCUGGAGGCCGUUCUACUGGUUCGCGGGCUGUCUGCCCGUCCUGGCUAUUGUCUUCCGCCUGUUCUUGCCUGAGACGAAUGCCUAUCGCCAGCGUCAGGAGCUUCGCGCCGAGAUGCCGGGGAAUGUCACCUCUGCUUUCAUCUCCGAGGGCAAGGUCGCGCUCAAGCGGCACUGGUUGCUUCUCAUCUAUCUCGUCCUACUCAUGGCAGGAUUCAACUUCAUGUCCCACGGCUCCCAAGACCUCUACCCAACCCUCAUCCAACGCCAAUUCGGCUUCUCCCGCGACGCCGUAACAGUAACCCAAGUCGUCUCGAACCUAGGCGCCCUAACCGGCGGCACGCUCUGCGGCUGGGGGUCCCAAAUCUUCGGGCGCCGUUUCUCCAUCAUCGUAAUCAGCAUCGUCGGCGGCGCGCUCCUGUACCCCUACACCUUCGUCUCCAACCACAAGAUCAUGGCCGCCGCCUUCUUCGAGCAGUUCUGCGUCCAGGGCGCGUGGGGCGUGAUCCCCAUCCACCUGAUGGAGCUGUCGCCCGGCUCGAUCCGCACCUUCACCGUCGGCACGGCGUACCAGCUCGGUAACCUUGUGUCGUCUGCGAGCUCGACGAUCGAGUCGACGAUCGGCGAGCGGUUCCCGUUGCCGCCGACGGAGGAGGGCGUUGAGCGGUACGAGUACGGCAAGGUGAUUUGUAUCUUUAUGGGGUGUGUCUUUGCUUAUGUUAUUGUGAUUACGUUCUUUGGGCCCGAGCGGUUGGGGAGGGACUUUGAUGUGGAGAAUGAUGAGGAUGUUGGGGAGGUUAGGGCUGAGAGGGGGGGUGAUGUGGAGAAGGGGCGGGAGUAG